AAAACAUGAACUUGGACCGGACCGGAGUCAGUUUCCACAAACCGGUAACACGCACUCAACAUUACUUACCUGUUGAAAAUUAAAAGAGUAUCUACCCACCCCCGCAUAACCCCGCACCCCAUUAACCACACCCUACACUAAAGGCUAUCUACCCACCCAAUCCAUUAACCCACCCCCAACCCUAACCCCAACUCCAACCCCCCUUCUCUCACGCUCCCUACCCGAAGGGCUGGCUACCCAAGAUUGGUGCAUUUUCAUCUUGAAAUUUACGAAACUGGUAGAGUCUGAGGGAGGCCCUGUGUAAUGAACGUCUUGUUUAAUGCAUGUUCUGCUGCAGUAUUAACAAGGACUAGCAGUUGUGCUGUGAAGAGUUCAAUUGGUGCAUUUCCAACUCUUUCAUGGAAGACAGGUGUUGGACAUAGAAAAGUUGAUUUCGACUUGUUUUUUAAGCGAAUUUGCGUUCGCUGCUAUUCAUCCAAAAAGUCUAGUGGGGAUAGUUCUUCUAGCUCACAGAAGUCUGAUCCUACUCCAAAAAUGAAGGAAGAUAGAGAUGGUUUCUUUGUUGUUAGGAAAGGAGAUCUUGUUGGAGUCUACAAAAACUUGAGUGAUUGCCAGACUCAAGUCGGAUCCUCGAUAUGUGAUCCCCCUGUAAGUGUGUAUAAAGGCUAUGCGAUGCCUAAGGACACAGAAGAAUAUCUGCUCUCUUGUGGGCUUAAAAAUGCUCUUUACUCUAUCAGAGCUGCUGAUCUCACUGAAGAUCUCUUUGGAGCCCUAGUACCAUGCCCUUUUCAGCACAUGAUGGUCAGUCAGCAACCUUCUUCUUCAAAAGGUGGGAUGCCUGAACAUAUGCCAAAGAAGAGGUCACAGGAUGUAAUGUGGUCAGAAUAUUCGGAUGCUGUUGGAUCAGCAGCUAUUUCAAAUGAUUCCGUAAGAAAGCAUGUCAAGUUAGAUGAUCAUAAGGGUGACCAAGUUCUAGCUCUACCAUCUGGUCGAUCGUGUACUCUUGAAUUUGAUGGUGCUUCAAAAGGAAAUCCCGGACUAGCUGGUGCAGGAGCUGUACUGCGGGCUGAUGAUGGCAGUUUUAUCUGUAGGCUACGUGAAGGUUUAGGAGUAGCAACAAACAAUGCUGCUGAAUAUCGAGGCAUUAUUUUGGGAUUGAACUAUGCAGUUAGCAAAGGGUUUACAAGUAUUCGCGUUCAGGGUGACUCCAAACUUGUUUGUAUGCAGAUCCAGGGCCUAUGGAAGGUUAAAAAUCAAAACAUCUCCACUUUGUAUGAGCAGGCAAAACAACUGAAAGAUAGGUUUCUUUCUUUCCGGAUCAUUCAUGUCCUUCGGGAGUCAAACUCUGAUGCAGAUGCUCAGGCGAACUUGGGUGUUGCACUUGCUGAUGGUCAAAUUCAGGAGGAGAUCAUAGAGAAAUGACAAAAAGGCACUUGAAAAUGACUUCAAAGUCCAUGGCAGGAAAAUGUAGUAAUGGUACAGACAACGAAUUCUACGUGCUAACCACUAAGAUUCAUAGUUUCUCAGGGUAAAAAUUUCCUAUUUUGCCAAUACCACCAACCUUAAAGGAGUAUACUAAUAUUGUUCAUUGUUUAAUGGAUUAAUGUUAUUGCAAUUGUGAACUAUGUAAAUUUAAUUAGGGAUGGGAUCAUAACUGGCACCAGCACCAAGUGUUACUAAUCGUUGGCUCUUUUAAUCAAGUGCAAAACAAUUGAUGCAAGUCAUAAUAUGUGAUUUGUCAUUAUUGUAACAGAACAAUUGUUUUCUCAUCUUUCACUCCUUAAUCUACUGCGGAGACACGUUAAUUAUUUGUA